CCAUUAAGAUAUCUUCGCGGAAUCGGUUGUGAGAGAGAGAGACGGUGAUCGGGAAAUGUCGACGAAAGGCGCGGCGGCGGCGUACCCUAGCGCGGCUCGGAUAUCUGAUUCUCCAUGUUAUCUUCAGUACUCUGCUUCUCUCAAAUGUCUUGAAGAAUUUGGAUCAGACAAGAGUAAAUGCCAGGAUCAUUUUGAUGUGUACAAGGAAUGCAAGAAGAAAGAGGUUGUUGUUGUGAAUGAAUAUUUAGGCUUUUGGCGUUUCCAACUUCUUUGCUGCUUUACCUAUGUGUUAUUUUGUUUCUCAGAGGGAAGCUCGACUGGAACGCAAUAAGACACGGUCGUUGUUCUCGUGAAUGCAGAUCCUCGAAUACCAAUGAUGUCUCAGAACAUCACCUAGCUAGUAGUAUCCUGUUGUUUCAUUUGCAAUGGCUGUGUUUGUAUGAUCUAUCUAAGUAAACAAGUGGAAAGUGUUUGUUAAUGUUACUUUUUACUCCCCAUUGGUGAAUCAUGGUGUAUACCUGUUAAACUUUGAGAGCAAGUGGUUAUUUAUUUAGUUAGAGAGUUAGAGC